GUCUGGCCGCUAUAAAUAACCACCCCUCCCCGUCGCCCUCCUCACACCAAAACCCCGAUCACAACCUCUUCCCCUCGAUCGCCCUUUUUUCCCGAACCUUCUCGAAGCGAAGCUCGUCGGCGCGAUGGCGGUGGAUCUGACCCCGAGGCAGCCCAAGAAGGCGUACGGCGGCGAGGGCGGCGCCUACUACGAGUGGAGCCCCGCUGACCUGCCCAUGCUCGGCGUCGCCUCCAUCGGCGCGGCAAAGCUCUCGCUCGCCGCUGGCGGCCUCUCGCUCCCCAGCUACUCCGACUCCGCCAAGGUCGCCUACGUCCUCCAAGGCAAGGGUACCUGCGGCAUUGUGCUGCCUGAGGCGACCAAGGAGAAGAUCGUCGGCGUGAAGGAGGGUGACGCCCUGGCGCUCCCCUUCGGCGUGGUCACCUGGUGGCACAACGCCCCCGACGCCACCACUGAGCUCAUCGUCCUCUUCCUCGGUGACACCUCCAAGGGCCACAAGGCCGGGCAAUUCACUAACUUCCAGCUGACUGGCGCCAACGGCAUCUUCACCGGCUUCUCCACCGAGUUCGUGGGCCGCGCCUGGGACCUCGCCCAGGACGACGCCGCGAAGCUCGUCUCCAGCCAGCCCGCCUCGGGUAUCGUCAAGCUCGGCGCCGGCCAGAAGCUCCCCGCCCCCUCGGCGCAGGACCGCGAGGGCAUGGCCCUCAACUGCUUGGAGGCGCCGCUGGACGUGGACAUCAAGAACGGCGGCCGCGUGGUGGUGCUCAACACGCAGAACCUGCCGCUUGUGAAGGAGGUCGGGCUAGGCGCCGACCUUGUCCGCAUCGACGCCCACUCCAUGUGCUCGCCGGGGUUCUCGUGCGACUCGGCGUACCAGGUGACGUACAUCGUCCGCGGCAGCGGGCGCGUGCAGGUCGUUGGCACCGACGGCAAGCGCGUCCUGGAGACCCAAGUCGAGGGCGGCUACCUCUUCAUCGUGCCCCGCUUCUUCGUCGUCUCCAAGAUCGCUGACGCCUCUGGCUUGGAGUGGUUCUCCAUCAUCACCACCCCCAACCCGAUCUUCAGCCACCUGGCGGGGAAGACAUCGGUGUGGAAGGCGAUCUCGCCAGAGGUGCUGGAGGCUUCGUUCAACACGACGCCGAAGAUGGAGAAGCUGUUCCGGUCCAAGAGGCUGGACUCGGAGAUCUUCUUCGCCCCCAACUGAGGAGGACGCCAGCAAGCAGUGCCGCCCCGAUCCACCAGCGGUCUCGGUGUCAUCUCGUCGACGGUCGUCGUUUAGCUUAGCUCGAUUAAUAAUAAGAGAUAGUAGUGGUGGCUAAACGAGAGUCUGUCGGUGGCGGCUUGCUUCGUCGGUCAGUGUCAGUCAGCAGUCUUUGGCGUCGUCAGGAGGAGAGAGCUUUGAGCGCUCUGCGUCCGGUUGGUGAAACUUGCGAGAUGAAUACAGUCUCAGGCUUAUUUUCUUGAGAUGAUGGUCGCAUUGUCG